CGACGACGGCGAGCUCAAAGGUACGGCAUUCACUAGACGACAAACCUGAGUGGUCGAAUUCAAUGCAUCGGUAGCUAUGUCAAGAACUCCGAGUCCGCGCCGCUCCUCUUCAAAGCGCGUCAAAUUAGAAAACGAUGUUGAAGACGAAGUUCUUGCUGACUACGGCCAUGAAGAGGAAGUAGACGGCGACCACUGUAGCAUUUGCUUGCAGCUCCUGCUUGACCGGACUGUCAUACCCGAGUGCUCUCACGAGUUCUGCUUUGAAUGUAUUGUCACCUGGACUGAUCAGUCGAGGCGCUGUCCGCUGUGUACUAGGACCAUUGGACCAUACCUAAUCCAUCAUAUUCGCUCUAAUUUCGACUAUCAGAAGUACCAUCUUCCGCCGCUCAGGACAUCACCUCCGCCAAUACAACCUCUUAGACGGGUGCGAAGAUCUUCGGUACAACGGGUGCAAGAACAUCGAUGGGGAAGGAGAUUGCGGAGGGAACAAGACGUCGCGGAUGAACUCGAAAGAGCAAUAGAUAGGAGAAGAUGGGUUUACCAUAAUCACCUCUACGUAAAGCAUGUCGCUUCCAAUACGUUCACGCGUUACCGUCCCUUCCCAACCCCAGCUCAGUUCUCUGCAUCUCAAGAUUACAUUAGUCGAGCUACGAUAUUUAUUCGACGAGAGCUUCGCGUUUGGGUUAAUCUCGACGUAGAAUUUUUGACAACGUUCAUCCUUUCUCUCAUGAAGGUAAUAGACAUCCGUUCCGAAAGUGCAAUAAAGCUGUUGGCCGAGUUCCUGGACAUGGACCAUCCAUAUUACGAAGGAAGGCGUUUCCCUAACGCCGAGCACUUCGCUCACGAACUCUACAGCUUCCUCCGAUCACCGUAUAAGAGCUUAUCCGCUUAUGACAUGAACGCACAGUAUGACACUCCGGAGAUAGUUAAUAAACGAGCGAAUCGUGAUAGAAAGACUGCAUCCGAGAAGUAUAUCAUCAAUGAACCGGAAACUCCGUUGGGAUCUGAGUUGCGCCAUCACACUUCGGGGCGGUCUCCACCGCUCGACGGGAACAGCUGCUUUGGGCCAAGAUUAAAGGGCCAGGAUACCAACCAUAAUAUAGCCAAAGGUUCCUCAGGCGCCCCGCCGUUUCAAUAUGCGGAAAACCAUGUAGCAAGCGAUACCGCCGAUGCUAAUACCCCGCUGGAUGACGGUCGCGUCAAUGGAUCAACGGAAAUACUGACACCUCCAGCGACAGAUGAAAGGUUCCAGGCUUCUUAUGCUAUGGGUUCCAGUGCGAUUCCCUCAUCGUACUCGGAAUUGAAUAGUAAAGGCAAGCAACGAGCUUCGCCAAUUAAAGAACUGGAACCGCGUGUUACGGAUGGUCACAGUCACGGAGCCGAAAGAAUUGAAUCACCGCGAAGUGCAAAAGAAGUGCAAGAUCCUCAGUCUUCUACUAAUACAUCCGUAGCUUCGAGCAAUAUUCUCGAUCUCAAGCAACAAGAAGAUUUGGCCGAAGAACAAUCGAAUAGAAAAUCAACUGCAUCGCAAGUACAUUUACGUAGCCGGAAUCCGCUCCUCAUUGCACAGGCGCAUUUGUUGGACACUCAGGCAAAACUAAAGAAGAAACAACCUCGAAUGCCGUCCAUCGGACGUGAGGACUGCCCAUCGGAACACCGGCGGUCGUCACGACUCGACAAUGAAAGUCCUUCAUUGUUGUCAAGGAUAACCGAUCCAAAGCAGUCUGCGGGGCGGACCGGCGAGGCGGAAAUAUAUUUCCUUCCGCCUAAUCCACUUGUAGUAUCACAAAAUGAUUUGCACACUCAUCAAAUGACUGAAGACCUACACAUGAACCUAGCUAGUCCUCUCGAAGCAGAACGCGCAGUCCAGGCUACCCGAGAGCAUAAUACUGCUGACACCAAAGUGUUCCCUUGCUCGGCUGAUCGUCAAAAGUCAUCUCCAGAUGACCCCUCAAGGUCAAUCCCCAAUAACAGUGGUCGUUCUGGUGUGAGGGGCGGAGGCAGGGACCCAGAUCUCGAAUCUAAAGCGCGUACUCGAGCUCGGCUAAAGAUGAAGUUGGCUGUGGAAAAGCAUCUGCACGCACCACAUGUUCGUACGAGCAUUACGGACAGAAAUGCUUCCGAGGAGCAGCCUAGAAUAUCGGAAAAUCGGGAGAGGAUGCUCCGAGCCGUGCUAGAGAGUAGACGGAGAGGUGGUCAAUAAAUCAUCGCUUUUGUGAUAGGCCAUUCAUGUACUUAGUACAACGGCAGUUCCCAUACCUAGGCGCAACCGAAGACAACAAUGGUAGUGGAGGUAAAUUACGUACACGUAGAAUUUGAUUUGAC